AGUCGCUUGGGCUGAGGUACUGCGGUGAAGGAAGGGGGGCAGCGUGCGUCAUCAGACCGCGCCACCUGACUCCAGAGACCCUCGGUUUGCAGUGGGAAGUGAGGUGUGGGAAGUCUGUCGCUUUCUGAUGAAUUCAUUGGCUGUGAAAUUUGGACCCGAGGGGAAUCUGGCCCCUGGAGGCUUAUACUUGCGCCGUAAAGCUCCUUCUCAGGAGGACUGACAGUUCGACAGAUUCAUCUGUCAGGCGGGCACAUUUUGAGCGCAGGUGCUGCAACUGUCCUUUACAAACUGGAGAGAGAGUAAGAGAGUGCACAGAACAGGAACCACCCUUUGUAAAGGUUUAAUUGAGAGACGAGGAGAGUGAAUUAGUUCCUAAUAAUGGGAAGAACCUACAUUGUAGAAGAGACUGUUGGCCAGUAUCUUUCAAACAUAAAUCUUCAAGGAAAGGCUUUUGUCUCUGGUCUUUUAAUUGGACAGUGUUCUUCACAAAAGGAUUAUGUCAUUCUUGCCACUAGAACACCACCCAAAGAGGAACAAAAUGAGAACCUCACACAUCAACAAAAAGCUAAGUUGGAUAACUUGGAUGAAGAAUGGGCCACAGAACAUGCCAACCAGGUGUCCAGAAUGCUACCAGGGGGACUUUUAGUUCUUGGAGUAUUUAUCAUUACAACUUUAGAAAUGGGAAAUGAUUUUCAGAAUGCCCUGCGCAGACUAGUAUUUGCUAUGGAAAAAUCUAUGAAUAAAAGGAGAUUGUGGAAUUUCACAGAAGAGGAGAUCUCAGAACGAGUGACACUUCACAUUUGUUCUUCUACAAAAAAAAUAUUUUGUCGAACUUAUGAUAUCCAUGAUCCAAAGAGUUCAGCAAAACCAGCAGAUUGGAAGUAUCAAAAUGGACUAUCAACUUCAUGGCUUUCAUUAGAGUGUACAGUUCAUAUUAAUAUUCACAUCCCACUGUCUACCACUUCUGUCAGCUAUACUCUGGAGAAAAAUACAAAGAAUGGACUUGCACGCUGGGCUAAACAAAUAGAAAAUGGCGUUUAUUUGAUUAAUGGACAAGUUAAAGAUGAAGAUUGUGAUCUAUUAGAAGGACAGAAAAAAUCUUCUAGAGGCAAUGUUCAAGCAACUAGUCAUUCUUUUGAUGUCAAAGUGCUAACACAGUUGCUUCUGAAUUCGGACCGCAGAUCCACAGCCACAGUCCAGAUCUGCAGUGGCUCUGUAAACCUUAAGGGUGCUGUGAAAUGCAGAGCCUAUAUUCACAGCAAUAAACCCAAGGUUAAAGAUGCUGUGCAGGCAAUGAAGAGAGAUAUAUUGAAUACAGUUGCAGAUCGUUGUGAAAUGCUAUUUGAGGAUCUUCUUUUGAAUGAAAUUCCAGAAAAAAAAGAUUCUGAAAAAGAGUUUCAUAUCCUCCCUCACCGAGUUUUCGUCCCCAUUCCGGGAUCCACUGUAAUGUUAUGUGAUUAUAAAUUUGGUGAUGAGUCAGCUGAAGAAAUGAGAGACCAUUUUAUAGAGAUGUUAGAUCAUAUGAUUCAAAUAGAAGAUUUGGAAAUUGCAGAGGAAAUAAACACAGCUUGUAUGAGUUACUCUAUGAAUACUGAAGCUUCAUUGGACAACACAGAUGAUGAACAACCAAAGCAACCAAUUAAAGCUACAGUAAUAUUGAAAAUUCAGCAAAACAUAGGUGUGAUUGCAGCAUUUGCGGUUGCAGUCCUUGCUGCGGGUAUCUCCUUUCAUUACUUCAGUGAUUAGGGUGAGACACAGCUUCCUGAUCUUCCAGAGAACACUGAGCAACCAACCAUUAUGAAUAAAAGACGCAAACAGUCCAUCUGCAUUUAAGACCAGAGCAGCCACCUCUGCUGCCACUAUGCCUAUUAUGUUUCUGACUAAAAUGAAAUCACCAGCUGCCUUGUUUAGCCCUGCUUAUGUUAUAGAUGGCUCAGGCUUCCAAAAAUAAAGUUGUAUAUGUA